UUUUUAGAAUUUUGCAAAGGAAGGGUUGCUCUUGAAGUUAAUGAUAGAAAGGUUUUGUAUAAAAAAUAUUUAGAAGGCUUAGAUGCUAAGAUUAAUGAAGAAACAACUACGAAAAAUAAAAAAUUUACAAAGAAUGAGCUUAAAUCCAUUAGAGACAAACUUCUAAGAUUGUCUGGUUACGAGGAUAUUUUGACUG